AUGGACAUGAAGUCACCAAGGACGAUUAAAGAAGUACAAAGAUUGACCGACUGUUUAGCAGCACUUGGUAGAUUUAUGUCAAGAUCAGGGGAUAAGUGUCGUUAUUUCUUUCAAACCAUAAAAAAGAAAGCCAUGUUUGAGUGGACAGAGGAGGCCGAGGAAUCAUUCGUACAGCUAAAAAGCCACCUUCAUACAUUGCCUCGGCUUGUCAGUCCACUCAAGAGUGAGAAGCUAUUUAUCUAUCUCGCCAUCUCUGAACACUCUCUAAGUGCUGUCCUGCUUGCUGAACGGGACGGCCACCAGAUCCAAGUCUACUUUAUCAGCCAUGUACUUCACAACGCUGAGCUGAGAUAUCCCCCUAUUGAAAAAUUUGGCUUUGCAUUAUACAUGGCAUCGAAAAAGCUGCGGCCAUACUUCUUGGCACAUUCAAUUGUGGUUUACACAGACCAACCUAUGAAGAAGCCUUUUACAACUCUAGAGGCAAGUGGCCGUAUGCUCAAGUGGGCCUUAGAAAUGAGAGGCUUUGACAUUGCAUUUGAGCCAAGAAAAGCAAUCAAGGGACAAGUCUUUGCUGAUUUUUUAGCUGAGAUGACUCGGCCGGAUUUUCAGCCGGCCGGAGACCAGAUCUGGAAGGUGUUUGUGGAUGGUAGUGCAACAACUACUGGGUGUGGUGCAUGUGUCAUAUUUCAGUCUCCUGAGGGAGAUAAGUUUCAAGCCUCCAAUAAUGAGGCCGAGUAUGAAGCCCUCCUAGCAGGUCUUAGAAUGUGUAAGGCGGCAGGAGCAACAAAAUUUGAUGUAAGCUCGGACUCCCUACUUGUAGUCGGCCAGGUGAAUGGAGACUUCGAGGCAAGGGAGCCGGCUAUGAUGAAGUAUCUGAAAAUUGUAAAGGAGGAGGCUAAGGGCCUAGAUCAUUUUACUCUACAACAAGUUCCUCGUUCGUCCAAUCAUCAGGCAGACGCCCUCUCUAAAUUAGCAUCCUCAGCAUCAUGUGAUACCCCCAGGUCGGUAUUUUGGGAGGUAAAGGAAAGAAGGAGUAUUGAUGCCGAGCCGGUACAUAUCAUUGAUAGAAGCUCCACUUGGAUGGACGGGAUCAUAUCUUAUCUAAAGGAUGGAUUACUCCCGGCCGAUCCUAAAGAGAGUUGGCUGAUGAAAUAG